AUGUUCGCUGUGCCUGUUUUUGCUUGGAAACCAGUAAGCUCGUUACGUGGAGUUGCUCGAGCGGCUUCCUGCUUCGGGCCCGAGCUCGUGGAGGCACCAUCGGCACGCACUGCACUGCAGAAGUUGCCUGUUUCAACUGAGUGUUGCCCGGAACCGGCACCUGACUCGUAUGUUGUGAGAAAACGGCAGCGAAGAGCAGUACAAGGGAGCCGCUUUCGGGAUUCGCGCCCGCUCCCGCGAGCCAGGGUCUAUAUGGCCCAGGAAGCUGAGGCACGCUGGCUGGUAGCGCCCACGUCACAACUACUGCCGCUGCGCCAGGAGCUGGAGCACGUUGCAGGCGAGCUGCUUCGGGCGAAACAUCAUAGUUCCGAUAAAGAAGAAGAGCUUGCUGCUAAGGUCUUGCAGGCCAAGGUUCAGCUGUUACGACUCUUGACGGAGGACUUGGUUAGUCGGCUUCGUAACGAGUGCAGAGUUCCCGUGGGAGACGAGGUCCUUGAGCAGUUGGAACCUCUGCUCGAAGCGCUCAAGCGAGACGCACAGCUUUUGCAGGAGUAUUCCAAAAAUCCUGGCUUUCGCGCCGGUAUUCCGCAAACAAAGUCGGCUAUGAGGGAGAAGCUAUGGCAACUGCGGUGCUUGCUUGAGCCGAACAAUCCGCCGAGAGUGCUCCAGAUGCUUGUCGAGCAGCUGCGUUCUUGCCUCAUGGACAAUAGAUUUGAGAGCCUCGCCCUUGGGGGAUCCCCCGGCGCCGAACCUGGUGACGUGCAACCACGCCUCAGGGAGCAGGAUCAGACUGUGCUCUUCGCAUUGCAACUAUUGGUCCAGGACAACUUUCUCAUGCUAGAGUUGCUCUCGCUACGAAUUUUGCAGCACGAGGUCCAGUUAAGCUGCGCAUCGUGGGACUGGGUCCAGCAAGAUGAAAACGCAAAGAGGUACUUGUGUGAGCUGCGUGACGCGGCCACGCAGUUGCAUUUGGGUACCUAUCGAGUUCGGGGAAGGUCUCGGCUGCUCCAGGCAGCUCGUUCAUUCGCGCAUUAUCUUGGAGAACUAGAACGCUCGAGCGGUUUGCCGACCCCAUCUACAGUGCGGCAUUCAUUGGACAUGCUGCAGGAGGCGCUCGAGGAGGACAUGGCUUACGCGACGCUCAUUCCGGAGCGGGCUCCAGCGCUGCACGGUGAGUCGAUGCUGCUGCGACCGCGUCCGUCGGACAUUCCGAAUUUCGAAGUUGUUCUUCCGCGCCGCUUAUUGAGAGGCGGCCAACCGACCUCGGCAGGUAUCCAGUGGCUUCGAGAUUACGGGGUUCGUGUGACCAUCGACUUGCGUGGCACCGACCGAGGCAACCAGUGGAAUGCGCCACACGAGGAGGCGUGGGGUGAUGUUCGCAUGAUACGCUUCCAUAUUGAAGAUUUCAGCGCGCCAACGUUGGAACAAGUUAUGCAGUUUGUGCAACUUGUAAAUGAACCCAGCAACUGGCCGUUGUAUGUAUCCUGCAAAGCAGGUAUAGGACGUACUGGCACAAUGAUUGCCUGCUGGCGGAUCACACAGGGAACCAGCGUGGAUGAGGCGCUCUCACGCGAGAGUCUCUACUCCAGUGACGGCGGUGGUAUGGCACAGGAGGCCUUUGUGCGCAAUUUUUCUUUAAUCUGGAAUUCUUUAUCAGGAGAAAAGCGUGACUGA